UCAUCCUCCCUCACCACCCAUUCAUUCCCAAUCCCUCCACAUGUCUCCUCCUUCAUAGCUGGGCCAUAUAUAAUGGUCAUGCCACAGGGAUUUCACUUCUCCCCUUUACUGUUUAAGGUCGAACAUCAGGUGUCAAUGACUUCGUGUCAGGCCAAAUCUGCUCCGAGCAAGCUCAACCGUUGGUGGAGUCAACUGAGGGUUUGCCUUCAAAACAACGAAGGAUGGAAUGAGAUAUUGGAUGAGAAUUUUCUGCCCUACACCAAAUACAUAAAUGACAUUCCUCUCUUCUAUGCGGCUAAAGAGAACAGUGUUGGUUGCAUCAAGAAACUUCUGAGUUGUGUGUCCACUGAUAUAUUAGAGAGAGGUGCUCUUGGUGAGACAGCUCUUCAUGUUGCUGUGAUGUACGAUAACCUGGAGGCUGCUGUUGCUCUGAUGGACGGAGCUCCUGAACUCAUCAAUGAGCCCAUGAUCACCAAGCUUUUCCAAGGUGUAACUCCUCUCCACAUUGCUGUAGUGAAUCAGAACAUCGAUCUGGUUCAUCAUCUGAUUAGUCGAGGGGGUGAUGUGGCUACACCUCGAGUCACCGGUCUGUACUUCAGGAAGAGGUUAGGAGGACUCAUAUACUAUGGUGAGCACAUCCUGUCUUUUGCUGCAUGUACUGGGAAUGAGAGCAUUAUCUCCAUGGUAAUUGAUGCAGGGGCCAGCACCAGGGUCCAGGAUUACCGUGGUAACACAGUGCUUCACAUUUUGGUUCUGCAGCCCAACAAGGUGACUGCGUGCCAGACCAUAGACUUGAUUAUGGCACGCGAUGCAGAGCUGGACCAGUCAGUGUCACUCGACAUGGUGCCCAACUACAGAGGCCUUACACCUUUUAAACUGGCUGCCAAAGAGGGAAACAUUGAGGUCUUUGAGCACCUGGUUAAUAAAAGGCGUGUAGUACAGUGGACUCUGGGCCCUUUGACUUCUAACCUGUAUGAUUUGACAGAGAUCGACUCAUGGGCCGACAACAAGUCAGUACUGGAGCUCAUAGUGGGCAGUCACAAGAGAGAGUCAAGAGAAAUAUUGCUGGUGACGCCCGUGAAGCAGCUGGUUAGUCUGAAGUGGAACCUGUAUGGAAAACAUUACUUCAGGCUGCUGCUGGUACUGUAUCUGCUGUACAUCGGCACCUUCACACUGUGUUGUGUAUUUCGCCCUCUAAAGGACGCUCCAGAGAACUACACAACAUCAGAUAUGGACAAAACCACCCGAGUUCAGAAAACAUUCAAAGAGAGUUAUGUGACGUAUGAUGACAACCUGCGGCUGGUGGGCGAGAUCAUCAGCGUCAUCGGAGCUUUUCUCAUCCUGUUGCUGGAGAUCCCUGAUAUACUGAGAGUGGGAGCAAAGCGCUAUUUUGGUCAGACAGCACUGGGAGGACCCUUCCAUGUUAUUCUUAUCACCUAUGCAUGCUUGGUGUUGCUGCUGUUGGUGUUCAGAAUCUGCGAAGUGCAUGGAGAGAGAGAGGUAAUGGCAGUGUCUUUAGUUCUUGGCUGGUGCAACGUCAUGUACUUCGCCCGAGGUUUUGAAACACUCGGCCCUCAUGUCAUCUUGAUACAGAAGAUUAUAUUUGAAGACUUGACAAAGUUCAUGUGGCUGAGUUUCAUUAUGCUCACUGGUUUUUCCACCGCUCUGUGGGUCGUGUAUAUGACCCAAGAUCCUACAUCCCUUCCCCAAUAUCGGUCCUUCCCCAUCACCCUCUUUUCCCUGUAUGAGCUCAGCAUGGGCCUCAUAGAUAUGCCUGUGGACCACUCCUUCACUACCCCUCCGAUCGUCCAUGUGCUCCACUCCACCUUGUCUGUGGUCUGCUGCCUCUUUCUGCUAGAACUACUGUCAGCCAUGAUGAGUGACACACAGGAAAGGGUGGCCGAGGAGAGAAAAGAGCUGUGGUGGACUCAGGUGGUAGCCACAACUUUGAUGCUGGAGAGGAGGCUUCCACGCUGCCUGUCGUCUCAGAUCGGGGUGUGUGGGCUUAACUAUGGUCUGAAGGAGUGCUGGUAUCUCAGGGUUGAGGACAUAAAUGAUCUGAUGUUCAAAACGAUGCAGAAUGACAUCAAAGUUUCCUCCAAAGAUGAUGAAAAGGAGGAUAUGAGUGUCACAAUGAAGGAGUUGUUCCCUGGAACCCCCAAGCUCAGACCAACAAACAGGAGGUCUCUGAGACGCUGUCAGAUUAUUCAUCACAGCACUUUGGGUUUGGAGAUGGGGGAUCUGGAUCUGGAGGAAGAUCACAUUAACGUCUAGGAAAAGAUUCGGCCUGAGCCUGAAAUGCAUUCUCUGAGGCCUUAUGUCCUUUUAGAGUCCUGAAAAUAUGAAGCAGAUAUAAAGUGUUGAUGAGUGUCAAUGAACAAACUUGCAAAAUUAGGACUCUUUUGGCUCAAUCUGUCUAUAUAGUCAACAGUACAAUUACUCCUGCAGUAUUAUGCUAUAGAAAAGUGUGGGUUUCUUUUGUAGCAUUUUAAAAAAUAUGUAGGUCUUCAGUUGUGAAGAAGUCAGACAGCAGUAUAAGAAAUCAUACAGUAUAGGCCUAUUAGAAGUACCCUGAAAGUGCUCACAGGCAUAACUGAUUAGAAUAUACAUUAGGCAACACCCUAACCCUAACAUAAAUCUGACUAAACAGCAUAUAAAACUAUCAUCUUAGAAGCUUCAUCUUUCUUUGCUGGGUAGUAUUGAUUGAAGUGUGAAGUGGAAAGAGAAAUUAUUUGAAAUGGUAUUGAGGUUGAAUUUUCUGGUUAUUCUGUUAAAAAAUAACGCUGUUGCAUCUGCAGCUGAGAAAUGAAGUGUGAAGCCUACACCUUUAUCCAGUUCUUCUCAGGUGGGUGUCCACUGCUAAGGAUCCCAUAAUCCCCUUCUGAUGUAACUUCUGCCCAAUAACUGCAAACAAAAGACAAGAAUAUUGCAGCUCGUCCUCACCAGAAAAAUAGCCGUAUAGCUGCUUAUUACGACCCAUAUUUAUGUUUUUUGUUAGGCCACAACCUCAAGUGGUCAUUUGAUGAUAGCAAAGGUGGAAGUCAGUUAAUGUAGUAAACUUUCACACAGAAAACUGAGUUCUGAGACCAGUGUGCAUCAAGUCGAGGUUGGCUAAUUAAAAAUUUAAGUUAACUAACGUUAUGUUGUUGAGUGAAAUAACAUAACUUACUUCAUUUACAUAUAAUAAAAAUAUCCUGCUCAGAACUGCCGCUUCAUAACAUCAUCCUAUUAUUGUGACAGACCUAAUCUCAGAUGUUUAGCAAAGUUUGGGGUGUUGCCAAAGUAUUUCACUGUCUUUGCACAC